GAGAAGGGGGAGGGGAGUAAGGUGGGCAAGAGCGAGCGAUCCAGUCCGGGUUUUCGGUUUUUCGCACGGUGCAUUGGGGCAGGUUGCAGCGGUCCCGCUCCUGGCAGCGGUUGCGGCUCCGGGCCAGGCUUUGCCGGCGGCCCCUCCCCGGAGUGGGUGCGCUGGGGAGCGGAGGGAGCAGGCGGCUUGUCAUUGCUCAGCCCGGCGGCGGCUCCGUUCGUGCAUCCUGCGGUGCGAGCGGGGCCCCGGCCCUCCCCGCCACCCGCCGAGCCCCCGGAGCCCCUCCUAGUCGCUGCCCCGGGGGGCGGGAGAACUAUGCAACGCGCCGCCCGCCGCCUCUUUUAGCCGCCCCCCCCCUCGACUCCGCGCCUUCCCUCCCGCUCGCCCCCCGGUUCCCUCCCCGAGUCCCCGCCGCCUAGGAUGCCUCCUGCCGCUCGCUGAACCCGCCGGCCCUGCAGGGAGCCGGAGCCGGAGCCGUCGGGGCGGGGGCAUCUCGCCACCACCCUCCUCCCCCUCCCCGGCUCGUGUCUGCAGAGGAGAGGGGGCGGCUCCUGCGAAUGGGGGAGAAGGGCCCCCGGAGAGGCCCCGCCGGGCGGGGGGCGGCGGGCGGGGGUCAGGAGCAGCCCCGUUAACUCCUUCGUCACCGCGGGCUCCGCCACCGUCGGAGGGGGAGUCGGCUGUACGCACACGUGCCACCGCCGUCGGGGGAGCCCGAUCGGAAGGGGGAGGAUGCCCCGUUGUGUCGCUGCCACGGCUGCCCUCGGCGGCUCCGCCUCGCCCCGACCUCGGGGCCCGGAGCUCUGACGCCCCCGCCCCGGCUGCCUCGUCUCCCCAUUCCGGGGGCGGGGGUGGGGGGCGGCGAGAUCCGUUUUCCCGUUCACCCUUCCCCCAGACCCGGCUCCCCUCUGCGCCUUCAGCCCCGGAGCCGUCGAGCCCGAAGAACGGGGCGAGGAUUCUGGGGGUCUUUUUUCCCCCUCUUCUGCUGGUGAGGGUGGGGGAGGACCCGCAGCCAUCCCUCCCGCGCAACCCCCCUCCCUCUCCUUGCCGCCCUCGCAUCCCGGUCCCCUCCCACGCCCCACCCCUCCCCCCCCCCGCCCUGGCCCCGGGAGAUGUGCCAGGCGGGGGGCCCCGGGAGGAAGAGCCGCAGGAGAGAGGGAAGGCGAGGAGAACGGGCCGAUAGCCCAACUGGACAGGCUGACUGGCUGCCAGACUGCUCCUGUGCCUGCCGUAUAAUGCACAGGGAGGUCCCCUGUGCCCGCUGCUGAGCAUAUCCCGUGGCCCUCAGCACAAGGCCCACCUGUCCGCUGGCCAGCCAGUAUGGCCCGUCUUGCCCCUGCCCUCUGGAGCCUCUGUGUCACCGCCAUCCUUGUCACCUCUGCCACACAAGGUCUGAGCCGGGCCGGGUUGCCCUUUGGCUUGAUGCGGAGGGAGCUAGCCUGCGAGGGGUACCCCAUCGAGCUGCGCUGCCCGGGCAGUGAUGUCAUCAUGGUGGAGAACGCCAACUAUGGGCGCACAGACGACAAGAUCUGUGAUGCCGAUCCCUUCCAGAUGGAGAACGUGCAGUGCUACCUCCCUGACGCCUUCAAGAUCAUGUCCCAAAGGUGUAACAACCGCACACAGUGUGUGGUGGUGGCUGGCUCUGAUGCUUUUCCUGACCCCUGUCCUGGAACCUACAAGUACCUGGAGGUGCAGUACGACUGUGUUCCCUACAAAGUGGAGCAGAAAGUCUUUGUGUGCCCUGGGACCCUGCAGAAGGUGCUGGAGGCCACGUCCACCCAUGAGUCAGAACACCAGUCUGGGGCCUGGUGCAAGGACCCUCUGCAGGCUGGUGACCGCAUCUACGUCAUGCCCUGGAUCCCGUACCGCACGGACACACUGACCGAGUACGCCUCCUGGGAGGACUACGUAGCCGCCCGCCACACCACCACCUAUCGGCUGCCCAACCGGGUGGACGGAACAGGUUUCGUGGUGUACGACGGCGCCGUCUUCUACAACAAGGAGAGGACGCGCAACAUUGUCAAAUACGACCUGCGGACCCGCAUCAAGAGUGGGGAGACGGUCAUCAAUACCGCCAAUUACCACGACACCUCACCCUACCGCUGGGGGGGCAAGACGGACAUCGACCUGGCAGUGGACGAGAAUGGGCUGUGGGUGAUCUAUGCCACAGAGGGCAACAAUGGGCGACUGGUGGUGAGCCAGCUUAACCCCUACACUCUGCGCUUUGAGGGCACCUGGGAGACGGGCUAUGACAAGCGUUCGGCCUCCAACGCCUUCAUGGUGUGCGGCGUGCUCUAUGUUCUACGCUCUGUCUACGUGGACGAUGACAGUGAGGCGGCCGGCAACAGGGUGGACUACGCCUUCAACACCAACGCUAACAGGGAGGAGCCCGUGGGCCUGGCCUUCCCCAACCCUUACCAGUUCGUGUCUUCCGUUGACUACAACCCCCGUGACAACCAAUUGUACGUCUGGAACAACUACUUCGUGGUGCGCUACGGGCUGGAGUUUGGGCCACCUGACCCUAGUGCAGGCCCAGCAACUUCACCCCCGCUCAGCACCACCACCACAGCUCGCCCGACCCCGCUUACCAGCACAGCCUCUCCCGCUGCAACCACCCCACUGCGCCGGGCGCCCCUCACCACCCACCCUGUGGGCGCCAUCAACCAGCUGGGGCCCGACCUGCCGCCUGCCACAGCUCCAGCCCCCAGUACCCGCCGGCCCCCAGCUCCCAACCUCCACGUCUCCCCGGAGCUUUUCUGUGAGCCCAAAGAGGUCCGGCGCGUGCUGUGGCCAGCCACGCAGCAGGGCAUCCUGGUGGAGAGGCCCUGUCCCAAGGGGACAAGAGGAAUCGCCUCCUUCCAAUGUCUGCCGGCUCUGGGCCUCUGGAACCCUCGGGGCCCCGAUCUCAGCAACUGCACCUCCCCCUGGGUCAAUCAGGUGGCCCAAAAGAUCAAGAGUGGGGAGAAUGCAGCCAACAUAGCCAGCGAGCUGGCCCGCCACACGCGAGGCCCAAUCUAUGCAGGCGAUGUUUCUUCCUCCGUGAAACUGAUGGAACAGCUGCUGGACAUCCUGGAUGCCCAGCUCCAGGCUCUGCGGCCCAUCGAACGCGAGUCAGCCGGCAAGAAUUACAACAAGAUGCACAAGCGGGAGAAGACCUGCAAAGACUACAUCAAGGCGGUGGUGGAGACGGUGGACAACCUGCUGCGGCCCGAGGCGUUGGAGUCCUGGAAAGAUAUGAACACCACAGAGCAGGUGCACACGGCCACCAUGCUGCUGGACAUUCUCGAGGAAGGGGCCUUCCUGCUGGCAGACAACGUCAAGGAGCCAGCCCGCUUCUUGGCCGCCAAGCAGAACGUGGUGCUGGAGGUGACGGUGCUGAACACAGAGGGCCAGGUGCAAGAGCUGGUGUUCCCCCAGGAGUACCCCAGCGAGAACUCCAUCCAGCUCUCUGCCAACACCAUCAAGCAAAACAGCCGCAACGGAGUGGUGAAGGUUGUCUUCGUUCUCUACAACAAUCUGGGCCUUUUCCUAUCCACGGAGAAUGCCACUGUGAAACUGGGGGGUGAGUCAGGAGCAGGGACAAGCGGCACCUCCCUGGUGGUAAACUCGCAAGUCAUUGCAGCGUCAAUCAACAAGGAGUCCAGCCGCGUCUUCCUCAUGGACCCAGUCAUCUUCACCGUCGCCCAUCUCGAGGCCAAGAACCACUUCAAUGCCAACUGCUCCUUCUGGAACUACUCAGAGCGCUCCAUGCUCGGCUACUGGUCGACCCAGGGCUGCCGGCUGGUUGACUCCAACAAGACCCACACGACUUGCGCCUGCAGCCACCUCACCAAUUUCGCUGUGCUCAUGGCACACCGAGAGAUUUACCAGGGCCGUAUCAAUGAGCUGCUGCUGUCGGUCAUCACCUGGGUCGGCAUCGUGAUCUCGCUGGUCUGCUUGGCCAUCUGCAUUUCCACCUUCUGCUUCCUGCGGGGGCUGCAAACUGACCGUAACACCAUCCACAAGAACCUGUGCAUCAACCUCUUCCUAGCUGAGCUGCUCUUCCUCGUUGGCAUUGACAAGACCCAGUAUGAGAUCGCCUGCCCCAUCUUUGCCGGCUUGCUGCACUAUUUCUUCCUGGCGGCCUUCUCGUGGCUCUGUCUGGAGGGCGUGCACCUCUACUUGCUGCUGGUGGAGGUGUUUGAGAGCGAAUACUCCCGCACCAAGUACUACUACUUGGGUGGUUACUGCUUCCCCGCCCUGGUCGUGGGCAUCGCCGCCGCCAUCGACUACCGCAGCUACGGCACCGAAAAGGCCUGCUGGCUCCGCGUGGAUAACUACUUCAUUUGGAGCUUCAUCGGGCCCGUCUCCUUUGUCAUUGUGGUAAAUCUGGUGUUCCUUAUGGUGACGCUGCACAAGAUGAUCCGCAGCUCGUCCGUGCUCAAGCCCGACUCCAGCCGCCUGGACAACAUCAAGUCCUGGGCCCUGGGUGCCAUCGCACUGCUGUUCUUGCUGGGGCUCACUUGGGCCUUUGGCCUCCUCUUCAUCAACAAGGAAUCAGUGGUCAUGGCCUAUCUCUUCACCACCUUUAAUGCUUUCCAGGGGGUCUUCAUCUUUGUCUUUCACUGUGCCCUGCAAAAGAAGGUGCACAAGGAGUAUAGCAAGUGCCUGCGCCAUUCCUACUGCUGCAUCCGCUCCCCACCCGGGGGAACUCAUGGCUCCCUCAAGACCUCAGCCAUGCGCAGCAACAACCGCUACUAUACGGGCACCCAGAGUCGGAUCCGGAGGAUGUGGAAUGAUACAGUGAGGAAGCAAACUGAGUCAUCCUUCAUGGCUGGGGAUAUCAACAGUACCCCCACCCUGAACCGAGGCACCAUGGGGAACCACCUGCUGACCAACCCCGUACUACAACCCCGUGGGGGUACCAGUCCUUACAACACCCUUAUUGCCGAGUCCGUGGGUUUCAACCCCUCUUCACCCCCUGUCUUCAACUCUCCAGGGAGCUACCGUGAGCCCAAGCACCCACUUGGCGGCCGAGACGCCUGUGGCAUGGAUACCCUCCCACUCAAUGGCAACUUCAACAACAGCUACUCGCUUCGCAGCGGUGACUUCCCCCCGGGGGAUGGAGGCCCCGAGCCGCCCCGGGGCCGGAAUCUGGCCGAUGCGGCGGCCUUUGAGAAGAUGAUCAUCUCGGAGUUGGUGCACAACAACCUGCGAGGGAGUGGUGGGGCCGCCAAGGGUCCCUCCCAGCCUGAGCCCCCCGCGCCUCCGGUCGCAGGAAGUGGCAGCGGAGAGGAGGAAGCCGGGGGCCCCGGUGGGGCCGACCGGGCCGAGAUCGAACUGCUCUACAAAGCCCUGGAGGAGCCCCUGCUGCUGCCCCGGGCCCAGUCGGUGUUGUACCAGAGCGACCUGGACGAGUCGGAGAGCUGUGCUGCUGAGGACGGGGUGGCCAGCCGGCCCCUCUCCUCACCCCCCGGCCGGGACUCACUCUAUGCCAGCGGGGGCAACCUGCGGGACUCGCCCUCCUAUCCGGACAGCAGCCCCGAGGGGCCCAGUGAGGCCCUGCCCCCUCCUCCCCCUGCCCCGCCGGGCCCUCCUGAAAUCUACUACACCUCUCGCCCGGCCCUGGUGGCCCGGAACCCCUUGCAGGGCUAUUACCAGGUGCGGCGGCCUAGCCAUGAGGGCUAUCUGGCCACCCCUGGGCUGGAGGGGCCGGGGCCUGAUGGGGAUGGGCAGAUGCAGCUGGUCACCAGCCUCUGAAGGGCCCCACGGACCCAGGGGGGCUGGGCAGCCCAGCCCCAGGGGAGGGGGCACCCAGGCAGGGAAGGACUUUGAGGGACAGAGGGCAGACUAAAGGGGAGAGUGGGAGGCUGGCCGCCCUCUCCAGAUGCACCCCUUGCCCACAAGCCCUGAUGUUCCCCUUUCAGGGGAACCCGAGAGGGGGGCUGGGCGGCAGGGGACAAGGGGUUCCCAUUGGCCAUACACACCAGCUCUGUUGUGGGGUGGGGGGUGGGGGAGGGGAGUAUGGUGAGGUGGAGCUGAAGGCCCCAGGGCCGGGGGUGGGGGAGGGGGGCGAGGUGGGGGGAAGAAGUCAGAGGAGCACAGCUCUCCACCCAGGGGUGAAGCUAUUGCAUCAUUCCCCUUGGAUGGGGAGGGGCAGCCGAGAUCCCACAAUUGCCAAAGCCCCUACUGCUCCAAACCAGGUUGCUCCCUCCCGCCCUCUCGCCCUCCCAUCCUCCCUCCCUUCUUUCCUCCCCCCAUCAGCAUCUCCCCUCUGCAGCCAGAUUCUCUACAGCCCCCUUCCCCACCCCCCCGCCCCAAGGAAGAGGUUGGGGGCAGAUGAACAGACCAAUGGCUCCCCCCCCAACCCCGCCCCGACCUUUGUAUCUCCCUAUUCCACUCCCCCCAGGCUGGGGGUUCCAUUCCAAGGUGGGGGAAUGGAAGGGUUAAACGCUGAACUUUCUCCUUAACUGGCUGGCUUCCCCUCUCCUACCCAGCAAGCCCACCUCCUGGACUCCCCAGACUGCACCCGCUAUUCCCCUGGGGCUAUUCCUGAUGAAGCACAACCCCCACCCCCCACCCCAUGGGACCCCCAGCCUUCGGGGGCAGCCACCCAGGGGCAGUUCCCCAGCCCCGUGGGCUCAGAUCUUCCCGGGGAGUGGAUCCCGGGCUCAGAUCUCUAGGGAGUGGGGAUCCUUAGUUCGGAUCUCCCUGGAGAGUGUGUUCCGGGCUGAUUCUCUCUCCGUGGGGGCCCACCAUCCACCCCCACCUCUCCUGACCGCCCCUCACCCCUCAUUGCUGUAAAUAUUUCAACAAAAUGGAAAAGAAAAAAAUGACAAAAAAAAAAUAUCACUUGAAGUCACCAGGAGCCCACGGCUUGAGUCGGCUCUGGAUCUCCCCCAACCGGACCACCCGCCCGCCAGCCUGGCAGCCAGGACUUCUCUCCAUGUGUGUGCAUCCCCCGCCCCAGGCCAGGGUAGAAGGGGGUCCCUUGGACGGCUUUUAACAAUCAAGAGACGGAAAAAAACAAAAAUCAAGAAGCAAAAGAGAAACACAAAGAACCUGUUUCCUACCCUGCAGUGUACCAUUCAUCCCCUCUCUUCUCAGCCGGCCCCUGGCGUCGUCUCAACCUGGGGCCUGUGCCCUCUUUUGUGCCCCAGGACUCGGGGGCCUGUCUCCUCCCCCUCCCUCCCCCUCCCCCCCCCACCGGCCUGGGGGAGACGUCCUCAGACCCAAAGAUGCUUUUGCCAAGAUGGCUGUGCUGCCCCUUUAAGUUCUGCUUCUUGUAAAUUGCUUCUGGGGUUCUGGGCUGGGAGAGGGGGAAUUGAGGCUGGUUUCCUUUUUUGGGGAGCAGAGAGUCAGAACUGAUGGUGGGGAGGGACGGUGGUUUGGAGAGGCACUGGAGCCAGGGACCAUUUGCUUGGAAGAUUUCUAAGGGGAAGAGGUGGAGGCAAAAUGAGCUGUUCCCCUCCCUUCGUUUUACCUCUUCAGCCUCAUAUGGGGUGCAAAACUCUUCAGCGGGGACAUCCCCAGACCUCCUAUCCUCCUUUGAGGCUUAAGAUCUUGGAACUCUGCUUACGGGGACCACGCUACCGUGUUCCUCUCUUCAUCUCACCCUAUUUCACCCUCCUGGUCUACAAGCUGUCUGAUCUUGCGCCCCUCCCCGUCCCCCCCAAACCCCAUCUACUCCCCUCCAGCCUUUGCUUUGGGGUGAGGCAGCCCAGAUGUGCUGUUCUGGGGCAGUUGUGCCACAGCGCCCCACCCACUGCAUCCCUCAUUGCCAUUUCCCCAAGGGGUCAGUCUGCGGCUGCCCCUGCCCCGACCUUUCCCACUCUUCUCACAAGUGCCAUGAGUUUUCUAACAUCUCCGGGUCUCGGCCGGCUGCUGCCGUGCAUUUCUUUGUUUUGUGGGGAGGGUUUCUAGGGAGGAAUUAUGGGAGGGGGAAGUGGGGGAGAGAUCGAGGGGGCUGGGGAGAUCCUUUUUGCUGCUAGAAACCCCCUCCCCUCCACCAGGGGAACUGGGCUGGCUCGUCCCCACCAAUUAGGGGGUGAAGGGGUCAAACCAAAGAUGAAGGUUUUGUCCCACUUGGGGUUUAGGGUGGGGAGGGCAGCUAAAAGGACGCAGGCACAGUGAGUGGACUCCAAUCACUUGAUCUCCCAAGUGAAGUCGGGGCAGGGAGACCCCUGAGGGCUGGGUGGCCAUGGAAGGGGGAAGAUAAAGAAGUUUCUCAGCAGGGGAUGACCAAGUUCUCCCCUUUGCCCCUCCCCUCCUCCCCCUCCAGUUUUAUUUUCUUUCGGAAGCUGGAAGAAAUCUAGGAGGGCUUUUUCUAGGGUCCCACCGUCAUAUUCCCUGGAACGGGUUCUUGGACAUUGCGGGGGGCCUGGAGUUGUUUAGAGCCCAAUAAGCAAGCUCACUGGGACAUAAUUGGUCCAAGCUCCCCCUGCCACCGCCCCCCCUUAAGAAAACAAAACAAACAAAAAAUAUCUCUGAGGGGGCUACUGCCAUCCACUUCACUCCAGGGACAGCCAGUGGAUGAGAUAUGACACCAGCUGAGGGAUGGAAGCUCCUACAUUUCUUCAAGGCCUGAAGGAGUGGAAGGAGUCCCCCAAACCUCUCCUGACAAUGAACAGCAAUCCCUCUGUUCCCAUCCGGUGGGAAGCCUCACUGCUGUUUGGCUGGGCCCCUGGUAGGAAAACUGAAUUGCCGAGGCAUCUCGGUUCCAAGCCACCCGGGAGAACCUAGCCGUUGCCCCGAAACCAUCAGUCCUGGUGCCUUGACACCCCCAUCCUCGGCUGGGAUGGGACCCGCUGAAUAGAGAAGGUUCUUGGUUUCCUCCCUCUCUCCCUGGGCUCGUGAUUUCCCUCCGCUCUUAGAGUUUGGUGGGUCUUUUUUUCUGGAUUUUGAUUUCUAUUAUUCCUCGUUCCUUGCCUUCCUCUUUUUCUCUCGUCUUCCUACAUCUGUGUCUGUCCCUCUUUCUCUAUGUCUCUGUCUCUUUCUCCCCCCCCCUCCUCCUGCCCUCAGUUUCUCUAUGUCCGUUCCAGGCCUCCCUCUUCCUCUUCUCCCCCUUUCCCUCUCAGUCUCCUCCUUUUCGAUAUGCCAAACCAAUUUUGGGUCGAGUGCAUUUAACGAGAACAAAACAAAAGGCUCAUAACACGACAAGAACGUUUUGAAAAAAAAAAAUUCAAAAAAAAGGAACUAUUGUUGAGUCAAAAACAAACAAUAAACGAAAUAAGAUUUCUUGGAACAAC